AAAACAAAUAAAGCUCCAAUUUUUCUAUCUCCAAGAACUCAAAAUUCAAUCAUGGCUUCUCUUGUUACCAAUGGAAUCUCAUGUUUUUCUCCCCAACCCAUCACUGAACAACCUAAACUACCAAAAGGGUCUCAAUUUCUGCUAAAAUUAGCUAACCCCAGAAACCCUAAUUCAAGAAUCUUGAAGGUCAAAGCUGCAGAAUUGAGCUAUGAGGCAACUAUUGACACCCCAGGUAAAGAAUCUUCUGUUUCAACCUCAAAUGAAAAUGACCCACUUCAGAAAUUCUUGAAAAGAGACUAUAAAUGGGGUUUUAAUCAAGAAAUUGAUUCCUUUUCAUUACCAAAAGGGCUUUCUGCAGAAACUGUUAAGCUUAUUUCUGGUAGAAAAAAUGAACCUAGUUGGAUGCUUGAGUUUAGAUUGAAAUCAUAUGAGAAGUUUCUUAAAAUGAAAGAGCCUAAAUGGUCUGAUAAUAGAUACCCAGAAAUUAGUUUUCAAGAUAUUUGUUAUUAUUCUGAACCUAAACAGAAACCAACUUUGAAUAGUCUUGAUGAGGCCGAUCCUGAGCUUAUUAAGUAUUUUGAAAAAUUGGGUAUUCCGUUGAACGAAAGGAAUCGUUUGGCUAAUGUUGCGGUUGAUGCUGUUCUUGAUAGUGUUUCUAUUGCUACAACUCAUAGGAAGACUUUAGAGAAAGCAGGUGUGAUUUUUUGUUCAAUAUCUGAGGCAAUUAGGGAGUAUCCUGAUUUAGUUAAGAAGUAUUUAGGGAGAGUUGUGCCCCCGGAAGACAACUUUUAUGCGGCUUUAAACUCGGCUGUGUUUAGUGAUGGAUCAUUUGUGUAUAUACCUAAAAACACUAGGUGUCCGAUGCAAAUCUCGACUUAUUUUCGGAUAAAUGCAAUGGAAACUGGACAGUUCGAGAGGACUGUGAUAAUUGCAGAGGAAGGGAGUUUUGUGGAGUAUUUAGAAGGGUGUACUGCACCUUCGUAUGAUACUAAUCAGUUACAUGCUGCUGUGGUGGAGUUGUAUUGCCACGGAGAUGCGGAGAUUAAGUAUUCCACUGUGCAGAAUUGGUAUGCGGGAGAUGAGGAAGGUGUAGGAGGGAUUUAUAAUUUUGUUACAAAGAGGGGAAUUUGUGCUGGGGCUAGGUCGAAGAUUUCGUGGACACAAGUGGAGACAGGAUCAGCUAUUACCUGGAAGUAUCCGAGUGUUGUGUUAGAGGGUGAUGAAUCAGUUGGCGAGUUCUAUUCCGUGGCGUUAACCAAUAAUUAUCAGCAGGCAGAUACAGGGACAAAGAUGAUACACAAAGGGAAGAAUACAAGGAGCAGGAUAAUUUCAAAGGGUAUUUCAGCAGGACAUUCUAGGAACUGUUAUCGAGGACUAGUUCAGGUGUUGUCCAGUGCAGACAAUGCCAAGAACUCCUCUCAGUGUGAUUCAAUGCUCAUUGGUGAUACUGCUGCUGCCAACACUUAUCCAUACAUUCAGAGCAAAAACCCAACUGCACGCAUCGAACAUGAAGCAACAACGUCAAAGAUCGGUGAAGACCAGUUAUUUUAUUUCCAGCAGAGGGGAAUCGACUACGAGAAAGCAAUGGCUGCAAUGAUAUCGGGUUUCUGCAGGGACGUUUUCAAUGAACUUCCUGAUGAAUUUGGUGCUGAAGUGAACCAGCUAAUGAGUUUGAAACUUGAAGGAUCUGUUGGUUAAAGCACUAUUUCAAUCUAGUCAAUAUAAAGCUAAUUGCUAGUGGUUUUGUAAUCUGUAAAGUUAUAGCACAAGAAAACUUUGCAUCAUCAAUACACAUUUGUAAAUAAUGCAUCAAGGCAUUAUCUUCUACUUAAUAUCUUUGUAAUCC